UGUGGUCCUUAGAGAGUCAGUCAGUCAGUGGGUCAGUGUCCGGGUAGGUCUAAGUGGUGAGGAGUGGGACUUUUUGUCGUGCACCUGACACCACUAUGGAUGACUAUCCGAUGUAUGGGUUACUUGUCGGGUUCUCCCUCUGGGGGACCCUUUGGCGUCUCCUCUUUCCUCUGGGCUUCUGGUCCACUUUCACGUGUAGAGUAGGAGCCCGGGGUGGCACUUCCACCCAGCCUUACACGAAGGAGGAGGAGGAGAAGAUGGCCGCCAUCCUGCAGGAGAGAAAGGAGAAGGAGGCCAAGAAGAAGGCCCUGCAGGAGGAGCAAGCAGCGAAAUUGAAGAAGAUAGAGGAGGAGAUGGCUAGAGAAAAAGAGGGGUUGAAGAAGGAAGAAGAGGAGAAKUUGAAGGAGGUGGAAGAGGAAGAACAAGAUGAACCGCCACUGCAAAGGAGGAGAGGGCAGCACAGUGGGAACAAGGAUGAAGAGAUGGAGAAACGGAUUUCGGAGUGGGUCGCCAACUUAUCCCUGGGCGAAGAAGAAGAGGUAACUAUGUACAUCCCCAAGGANGAAGAGGUAACUAUGUACAUCCCCAAGGAUGAGCAAGAAGUCGCUAUGAAGAAAUGGGAAGCAGAAGAAGAUGUUCUGAAGCGGCAGGCGAUGGAAGAUGAAACGAGGAUGGUGUGGAAACUCGCAAUGAUGAGGGAGAAGAAAAGAAGAGUGGAGGCGGCGAGUGCAGCAAUGCAGGAAUUGGCGGAGGUACGAACUUUAACUACUCAGUUGACCACCCAGGUAGACCUCCAACAAAAGGUACAGAUCAUCGCCCAGAGCGUCGAGCAUUUAGCUAGGGUGCAAGAACAGCAAUAUGAGUUUAGCCGAAGCCAGGAUAUAGUUGUGGGUUCGAUGCGGAUGGGAUUCCGGGACUUUGCCCGCGAAUUGGUAGGCGCUGUGGGAGCCGAGGUGAAUCAUCGCCUCGAGAAGACUGAGCGUUUUUGUGUUGGCGCCAUUGAAGGCGUCAAGGUGGCAGCUCCCAAGGAGGAAGAGCCGCGUCCUCGUAGGGAGCCGGUCAAAGUCAAAUUCCCUGAUUCCUACAGUGGGAAAAGGGAAGAAAACUUUGACAACUGGGAGGCCAACGUCAAGACCUAUGUGCAUCUGCAACAGGUCUCCCCCGAUCAGCACGUGUUAAUUGCCAUUCAUGCGCUUAGAGAUGAGGCCGCCAGUUUCGCAAGGUCCCUAGUCCGCGUUGCCAACUGCAACAAUGAUGCAGUGGCCUACUCAUCGUUUACCCCCCUCGUUGAUUUCAUGAAAUUGCUGCGCGAGCGAUUUGCUGAUGUCGCUCGCAGUGUCAAGGCCUCAGAUAAGCUCCAGACCAUCCACGCUCGUAAAUGGAAGAGUGCCAGGGCACUCAAGGGUACGAUGRAUGAAUUGGUGGCUGUCCCUGACCAUGGGGUCACAGAGGCCCAAUUGGUCRGCCUCUUCUAUCGGGCUAUGCCCGAAGCCUUUCGAGGGCAGUUCUUCGCGAAGAGCGAAGAUCCUGCCACCACUUAUGAUUCCCUUAGCCGUGAAGUGGUGGCUUUCGAGGCRAAGUCGGUGUCACUUUCUACCUUCUGGCACAAAGACCUCGAUAAAGGAAAGCAAUGGAAAGGCCGCACUAUCUCAGGGCAAGUAAAGACCAAGGAUAGCCUUGUCCUUACCUUAGAUGAAGGUAGUGUGGAUGAGAUCCCCUACGAGCAGAUUGAGUGGGGGUUAGAGGAGGAGGACAGCGGUGUGAGCCAGGGGAGGACUUACGCUGCUGUCGCGGCUGGAGGGAGGCCGCAAGGAGGAGGACGAGGCCAGGGCCAAGGGGGCCAGGCCUCAGGGAGCCGGUUUCAGGGCGAUCAAGGGGUUGGCGGCAGAGGAGGAAACCGCCAAGCGGGAGGAAGGGGUCAAGGUCCCCCGCAAAACCGUCCUAGGAAUAGGUCUCCCUAUAGGGCGUAUUUCCGCCUAGAGAAAGAUGGGAAAGUGGAGAAAGUUCUCCACUCCCUGACUCUCCUCGUAGAAGACACCCUCCCAUUCGAUAUUGUCCUGGGAAUGGAUUGGGGAGAGGCAGUCGGGGCCACACUCUAUUUGAAAGAGCACGAGUGUAAGCUCCCUAGUCCUUCAGGCGAGGCUAAGACUGCCCGCCUGUUCCAUGUGUCAGGAGUAGAUAAUCCCCUGGCUCAUUGCUGCCUUAGUGCACCUGCAUUCGCAAGAUUCGUGAAAAAGGAGCACCUAGAAGAACAGGUUUUUGUAGCCUAUGUUAGGCCAGUGACUGAGCCUAAGGAAGAGACGCCUAUAGACCCUGCUAUUGCCAAACUGCUAGAGGAGUUUAAAGAUCUAGCUGAGCCGCCGACAGGAGUAGUACCGCGGCCCAUCCAGCAUCACAUUGAGAUAGAGCCUGGCAGUAGAACUCCUAAGGGUGUGGUGUACAGGAUGUCCCCGCGGGAGUUAGAGGAGCUUCGCAAGCAACUAGACGAGCUCCUUGAGAAGGGUUGGAUCAGGCCGAGUUCAUCUCCAUUUGGAGCGCCUGUUCUCUUUGUCCCCAAGAAAGAGGGAGAGUUGAGGAUGUGUAUAGACUAUAGGGGUCUGAAUGCGAUUACAGUGAAGAAUGUUGAGCCACUGCCUAGGAUAGACGAUCUUUUAGAUCGAGUGCAGGGGGCGAAGUACUUCUCCAAGAUAGAUUUGAAGUCCGGAUAUCAUCAGAUAGAGGUGCAUCCUGAUGAUCAGUAUAAGACAGCCUUCCUGACUAGAUAUGGGCACUAUGAGUUUAUAGUGAUGCCCUUUGGACUAACCAAUGCGCCAGCGACGUUCCAGCGCUGUAUGAACGAUUUGUUUAGGCCAUGGUUAGAYARAUUUGUWGUWGUCUACUUAGAUGAUAUCUUAGUGUUUAGUAAGACCCUCCAAGAACAUCAGGGUCAUCUCAGGCAGGUCUUGGAGAAGCUGAGGGAAGCUAACUUCAAGAUCAACGCAAUGAAGUGCGAUUGGGCGAUAACCCAAGUCUUAUACCUAGGCCACGUCUUAGACGGAGACGACGUUAAGCCAAAAGAUUGCAAAAUCGCAGCAAUUAGAGAUUGGCCCACACCGCGUACGCUAACAGAGAUGCGGUCGUUCUUGGGCUUAGCUAACUACUAUAGGAAGUUCGUGAGGAACUUCUCCACUAUCGCUGCGCCCCUUCGCAGACUGCUCAGGAAGGAGACCAUCUGGAAGUGGGAUAAGGACUGCACAUCUGCUAUGAAGAAGCUGAAGCAGGCAUUAAUAGAAUAUCCAGUCCUUAAGGUAGCCGAUCCGUCCUUGCCCUUUGUYGUCACUACGGAUGCUAGCCAGUAYGRCAUAGGCGCGGUGUUGCAGCAAGACGAUGGCAAUGGUUAUAGACCCGUAGAGUUCAUGUCCGCUAGGAUGCCUUCAGAGAAGGUGGCGACAUCUACCURUGAGAGGGAACUCUACGCUCUCAGGCAAGCAUUAGAACAUUGGAAGCACUACUUGCUUGGGAGGCACUUCAAAGUCUAUUCUGACCACGAGACAUUGCGAUGGUUAAAGACGCAGGCCAAGAUGACACCUAAGCUUACUAGGUGGGCCGCAGAAAUAGAUCAAUAUGACUUUGAGCUCAAGCCAGUCAAAGGGAAGUAUAACGUAGGAGAGCUGAUUACUUUGGGGCCAUAGUCCAUUAUCUAGAUAUAGGGUUAGACCUACAACAAAAAGUUAAAGAAGCG